AUGGAGAAAUCGUUGGAUUUCUGUUCUGUUCCUGACCUUUAUUUCAACAUGGCUUCCCUCAAGAAUAGGCCUGCUACUUUCGAGGAGUUCAAGGGAUGGAUGAUCAUGGGGCACACAAUUCAGGAAGCUGGGAUCAAUGCGGCUUAUAAUGAUAGAACAGUUGGGAUUUAUGUUGGAAUGUCAAAAAUAGCGCAAUAA